CUGUAGGCGCGGUCUCGCGGCGCACAAUAAGAGCGCCUCAUCAUAACUGAUUGACUCAUUGGCACUUUCGCAUAAGAGCGUAUCAGGUGGGACACUGGAAUAUAAACCAUCGGUCUGCAGCAAGGAACUAGAUAUUUCAGUGGGCUGGAAUAAGCGAAAUGGCUUUCAACGAGCUAACGUCCAGAGCUGUCCUCUUGUACGACGAGUGGAUCAAAGAGGCUGACCCCAGGACAGGGGAUUGGUUCCUCAUGUCAUCGCCCCUCCCCCAGACCUUCAUCAUCGCAGCAUAUAUUUACUUUGUCACGUCCUUGGGCCCGAAACUCAUGGAGAACCGCAAGCCCUUCCACCUGAAGGAAGUGAUGAUCGUCUAUAACUUCAGCAUAGUAGCCUUCUCCAUCUACAUGUGCUAUGAGUUCCUCAUGUCGGGCUGGGCCACGGGAUACUCCUACCGCUGCGACCUCGUCGAUUACAGGUCCCCCCAGGGUCUACGGAUGGCAUGGACCUGCUGGCUGUACUACUUCUCCAAGUUCCUUGAGAUGUUGGAUACUGUCUUCUUUGUCCUCCGGAAAAAGAACAGCCAAGUCUCAUUCCUCCAUGUUUACCACCACUCCAUCAUGCCUUUCACCUGGUGGUUUGGAGUCAAGUUUGCUGCAGGUGGACUGGGGACCUUCCACGCUCUGCUGAACUCUGUUGUCCACGUGAUCAUGUACUCCUACUACGCCAUGUCUGCCCUGGGUCCCGCCUACCAGAAAUACCUGUGGUGGAAGAAGUACAUGACCACCAUCCAGCUGGUUCAGUUUGUCCUGGUCACCGCUCACAUUGGCCAGUUCUUCUUCAUGAAGGACUGCCCCUACCAGUUUCCAGUCUUCCUGUAUGUCAUCUGCCUGUACGGACUCGUCUUCCUCCUCCUAUUCCUCAACUUCUGGUACCACGCAUACACCAAGGGCAAGAGGCUGCCCAAGGCCAUGCAGAACGGAGGUGCGGUGGCCAACGGUCGCACCACUGCGAAUGGAACCGUGACGAAGAACGGCCUCUACCUGAACGGCAGCACCGCCGUGAACGGCAGUGCCGUGGCUAACGGAAAGGCAGCCCACAGCUGGGAAGGGCACCAGAACGGAAACGGGGUUUGCAAACACAAGGAAGAGUGAAGUCUGACUUCAUCCCUUUGUUUUGUUUCCAGUGACAAUCUACAAAGGCGCAAAGGUGGCAUGUCCGAAACUGUACUGGACAUUUAUAGUGGAGUUUUCGCAUUACGAUCAUCUCAAAACAUGUUCCUCGCCAGUAGGAUUU